AUACUAUGAAAUAAAAACAUAAAAAGAAAUUCAUCAUCAAUAUUUGAGCAUGAUAAAUUAAUAUUCAUAGCAUAAUUAUAUAAAGUGUAUGACACAAUGUAUUCUUAUUUCAAAAUAUACUGUUUAUUAACAAAGAUUACAUUACGUUUCAUGAUACGUUUUUCAUUAAUGGAUUAUUAAAUAUCUUUCUGUAAAAUUAUGCAUUUAGUUUAUAAUCGUUAAAUAUUUAUAGUAUAAUUUAGUAGAUAAAAUUCGAACGUAUAAUUUAUUUUUUUAAUACAUUUGAUUGUAAUAGAUUUUAGAUUAACCUAGAAAUAAAUCGAUUAUUCAUACAUAAGAAAAUCACAAUAUAAAAGUAAACAAAGUCAACCUUCGAUUGUUUAUAUCGUUGUGUUUAGUAUCAGCUUACUGUUCAUUGUCUCGUAGUAAGUUCUCGAGUAAGCAUCGCAUUAGCUACGUUAGUUACGAAAGAGCAUUAAUUAAUCUGACUUUAUUAAAAAUCGAAUAUUUUUGGUUGAAAAUAAAUCAAUAGAUGAAAGAUAAUCUAUUGAUUAUUAUUCAUAACAAUUUUUAUCGAGCAAUUGGUAUUGCUUACGAUGUAAAUUUUUUCAUAUUAUUGUAGUACGACGUAAGCGCUACUAAGGUAAUCGUUGUUAUUUUUUAUCUCAUUUUAAUAUUCUUAAUAAUUUUACAGCUUCGAAUAUGCGUUUAAUAUUUAAUUUCGAUAUAUUAUUGAUACAAUUUUUUAUAGGUUAACUUUGAUUAGCUUUAUAUAGUUCGUCGAUGAUAUAGGAAGCGACAUUAGCCAGCUGAGUAAAAUUUCGUCGGUAAUUAAUCCAAACAAUAAAAAAAAUGUCUAUGUAAUAUUGUUUAGAUAUUUUAUAAUAGUUAUUCUACUAUAGUUAAUAAUUAAAAAAACAAUUAGAAUAUAUAUUACGUAUUCGAAAUAUUUUUAUAUAUCUUUUACCGACAGUAAGAAUAUCAAAGUAAGACGAAAAAAAAAUUCGAUACAAAAACUGUGCAUAGAUGGCACCUCUUGUAUUCGUUCACCUAUUGGAAUGUUUUAAUUUUUGUAUUGCGUAGUACAAGAAUUAGGGACUAGAUGUAAUUGUGAAGAUACGUAGUUAAUCUUUUGUUUCGAACGAUGUAUACAUACGCUCUCGAAGAAUGGACGCUCGGAUACUAAAAGGGAAUAUUUAUAUUUAUAUAUGUAUAUUCAUGCAGAGUACGUAUAAAAUUACAUAUUAUUUCACACUCAAUACGGGAUAUAUUGAAAAGUUGAUUAUUAUUAAAUUAUAUCAUGUUCUGUAAUUUAUCAAAAGAAACUUUAAUACUUUAACCUCUUAUAACAUUCGAACGUUUUUAUAAUUUUAUCACUGCAACUAAAAAUAUAUGGCGUGUAAGAAAAUAUUUCUAAGAGAAGUUUAAAAUAAAUUACGUUAUUUUGUUAAUCAAUCGAGCAUCAAUCGAAGUUUUUCGUUCAUGGAAAAGAAACGUGCUGGAACGUAAGGACUAAGAAAAAUCGAUUAAUACCGAUCGAAAAGGUAGACAACAAACAAUUUAACAAGAAAAUUAGACGCAUAUUUUUGUAUGUCGAGUUUAGUAAAGUUUCCGAUGAUUGAUGAAGUAUCUGUUAAGAAUGUCUCAAUCGAUGAUCAGGUUCUACUGUGCUUCAUUAUAAACAGCUACAGUGAGUCGACUCAACUCGGCUUUAUCUCGAAUCUAGAGGGUUAGCCUUGUUAGCAAGCUGAACUAUGGACUAUUACAUUUAUCGAAGUCGAUCCACCGAAAUCGAAAAAUGACGUACGGGCAGGCAGUGAUGGAUACUUUCGAAGGAAGGACCUCACACUGUCGAAGAUCGAACCGAAAUCUUGUCUGGUACCGAUCGCGAAGAGAUAAAAGAGGUAUUUAUGUGAAAAAUAAAAGAAAAAUGGCGGAUCGUCGAAGAAUCGGUCAUACGAUCGCGCGAGCUCGAGAGUCCAGAAUAAGCCCAAUGACCUUAGUCAGAGAGGUCUCUGACCGAUGGCAGAAGACGGCGACGAUGAUCGACGGUUUCACGAUCGCUCGCCCACCUCGAGCUUCCGUCUUCUUCCCAAGUUGCCGCGGCAACCCAUCAUCGUCGUUCACGAUCGGUAUUCCUCCAUGGAAAAAAAUUUGAGUGCGAACACGGCCGAUCAAUUUGCCCUAAAGAGCCGUUAAUUUUCGGUCGAUGCACUUCUACUCUUGGUUACUCGUUUGAAAAUCAUAUUGACGAUCUGUGAGAGAGUGAGUAUGAGAAAGAAGGAGAUAAAAAGAAAAAUGAGAAAAAAAUCAGAGAGAGAGAGAGAGAGAGAGAGAGAGAGAGAGAGAGAGAGAGAGAGAGAGAGAGAGAGAGAAAGAUCAGAGGAGGUCCUUGGCUGUAUAAGGCAGGGGCUGGUCCUCUUUAAUGAGCCAUAAUGGUCCAGCAAGUAUGCGUAAUCGUCGAUGAUGGCCAGGAGCACGAUCAGUUCGCAUUUUCCUUUAGGCACCUCCUGUUUCGUAUAGGUAUUCCUUGUAAGUAGGCAUGUACUUAUAUAUAAAGAUACAGGUAUAAAUACACUUAUAAAGAUAUACCUACGAGUCUGUGUAAGAGUAUAAAUAUUUUCAAGUAAUUUAAAAAAAUUAAUCGCGCUUGCCGAGCUUCGACACUUUUCAUUUUAAAUUCUCAAGAGGCUCGAUUUUUUGAAAAGAUUUUUCUCGAUCUCUUCACGGUUCAUUUUCGAGAGAGAGAGAGAGAGAGAGAGAGAAAUACACACAUACACAUACAUAUAUAUAUAUAUAUAUAUAGAAAGAGAGUAAAAUGAAUGCUCUUGCGACGAUCACGAAGCGCCUCCUCGUUUGUCCUGAGCUCGUUUAAACUUUACGUACCGCGUGCAAAUCCGUGCCACGAGCUCGUUUAUGUUGGCCCUUCCUUCACCUCUCUUUUUCUUUCUCUCUCUCUCUCUCUCUUUACCUGACCGUCGGUGUUCGGUUUAGCGAAUCAAUUUAAUCGGGCCGUCGGUCGUUCCAAGAAAAUCAUCGCCAGUGACCGGUUAUUUAAGAUACGGAGAUCGCGAAUAGUCAGUGGUUCUCAUCUUCUAAUUCGUUAGAAUCUUUCUCUUUAUCUUUCAGGCGGUCAUAAUAAAACAGCAAAGAUUAUAUCCGUAUGCAGAAUCAAAGAUAAUUGCUAUUUAAUAAUAUCUUUAUUCUAUUCUAUUUUCUUCUUAUUUGUUUAAAUAUUUUCUUAAUCUAAUUCUUUACUUUUUCUUUUUAUAUUAUUGUAUACACACAUAUUUCUAUUCAAUUUUAUGCCAUCACCAUUAUACAUUUUGGAUGUCAAAAGAUCCCUGCAAGUCGUCGUAACCGUUUAUAAUUUUUUUUUGUUCAAAUGUAUAGCUAGGUAUAUUCUACUUGAAACGAAGAAAAGAAGGAGAAAAAGAUGAAAGGACCGUCCAGUUUUCUUCGACACUAGGCUUUGGUCCUUUCUCAACGGGACACCAAAAUGGUCUUGUGCUUCCAUUAUAUCGGCAUUACAAACUUAUUAUAAUUGUAACGCCGUAAUCGAUACGCACCGUAGCGAACUCUCCCAGCAUUCAUUGUGAGAACAAUAUAUAGGUACAUAUAUGUCACCUAUAGCAAGAAAGGGGAGUUUCGAGAGCACAAAAACCUUUCUCGUUUUUCGAGCCACGACGAUUGUUCGUUGAUCGGCGAAUAAACGGGCUGAUUAAGUGCCACGCCACUUUGUGCGUAAUUCGAUCUAUGCUCUGGCGAACACUUUUCAAUUUGUCGCGGUAUUAUAAUCGAAUGCUAAAAAAACUAUAUGUUCUCUAUACGAUCUUAUCUACCAUUUUGAAUUUAAUUGAACGUUAGUUACAGUUGUAUAGUUUUUACUUUUCUUUUUUUCGAGUUUAUGUUCUUGUAUUUUGGUACCUAUUGUUUGUCAAAGAUACAACAAAGAUAUCGACGAAAGAUAGUACGCGACAUUAUUUUGUAAUUAGUUAUUAUUGUUUCUUAAUGAUAUCAUGUGAUAAAAAUCUCAGGGUUAACGUGAAGUAUAAUCGUCAAUGUUAGGAUAAUUAACUGUAUAAAAAAUGUUAUCGUGUAUAAUAUUAUAAAAUAUUUAUACAAGUGGAUAUAUAAGAAAAUUGAAAGCAUAGUGUGCGAAACGAAAGAGGAAUUGGUAAGGGGAGUAAAAUUUUCAAGAAAACGUCAGAAAGAUUCACGUUUCGUUUUCAAUCGUCGUACCGUCGCGAAGCUUCGACUUAAAAUCGACGCGUGGCGCAAACAAACGGUCUCGUUAAUCCGUGCCUCGAGCGUGAACAUACUCUCUCGAUCGAUCAGAAAUCCUUUGGUAAAAAAGUAUCGAAAAAUGUACGACUGUGGUUGAACAAUGCAUCCCCCUAUUUCAAUUUCAAUGGUCUUUCUGUUGAAACUUUUUUGUGUUCGAACUCAACGACAUUAUUCAGAAAAAAUGAUUGCCAGUCGAUUAGUCACGCGAAACGUUGAAAUGGUGUUGAGAAAUGGUGAGGGUAGGACUGACUUGUUCUUUCGAUAACAUACAAAAUACACGAUUCACCCUCUUUUAUUCGUCAACCGUUUAUGCGAAAAGUGGCGAAGCCAAAUGUGAUCUCGAAUAAAAUGAAACUGUAUAGGAAACGUUUUUGAGAUGUAUUGAAAGACAAGAAAAGAAAGAGAAAGAGAGAGAGAGAGAGACGGAUGGAUAGAUAGAAAGGAGAGAUGGGGCAAGAAACAGAAGAAAAGAGAGAGGGAAGAUACGAGAAGAAGUAAAGGAAGAAGCCGUUGAAAGAAGAAAAUAAAAGGAAAGAAAAGAGAAUGAAACGGGCGUGCUCGCUGCUCGCGCAUUGGUGCAGCGUCGCGCGCGAUGUGUACACAGUCGCCAUGUUGAACAUCCCCUCUUCGAGUACACACGUGGCCGAGGGCACCUACACACCUGCUCUCUCACUCGUUCGAGAGAGACGGUGUCGAUGCCGGCGAGGCAGCCUCCUCGGUAGGGCGAGAAAGCAAACUUCAGCAGCUCCGCCAUGUGGGCUGGUUUCUUGCAUGGAAAGGGUAGGGCUCGUUCGCGUGCGAACGAGGGAAGGGGGAGAGAAGCCGAGCCUCCAUCGAGUCCAAAUGAAGGCCGCGACACCUUCGGGGAAUUAGAUUAAGAAAAACGUCAUAUGUUUUACGUGUGUAUCAUGAAAUCGAGUAUACUGCUGAGAGUAGAUGAUAUCAGCUUUGAGCGAAUUAGUAUUUUUUUAAUUUUCUUUUAAUCCAAUCUACAUAUAUGAUGAUGUGAUAAGAAAUAUAUUUUAGAUCAUGACCAAGUAUACGCAUUAAUAUCUAUGUUAUACGAUGAAUGGAAAAAAAAGGACUAUUCUAUCUUUUAUUCUAUUUCAUUGAAAACAAAUCUCGUUUCGAUGAUGUAUACGUAUUAGUUUAACAAAUUUUAUUACUUAUAAGUGAUAUUGGUGAUCCAUCAGUUUCUUCUUACUUGUGAUAAUUAAUAUGAAUCUUACGAGAUAAUAUUAAACGUAGCUAUGCGCUUAGUUGAUCGUUAUCUAUGUAUCACUUUAAUGCUCGCAUCCGUUCUGUCGUAACGCCUUGUUAUUGAUCUGAACUUUUGAAAGCUUAGGUUGGUAAGACACAUAAGUGUAAUACGUACAUAUACCUAGACACAGUUAGUCGAGUCGAUUUCUAAGAUAUUACGGUAGGUUCGAUAAAUAUUGUGACAGAACAAGCGACAGUAUAGACGUCUUAAUUAUAUAAUUACACCGAUCGAAUUACGGGCUUCGUAUCUUUCCACCGUUACGUUCUUGAUAAUUAUUACCGAUUUGCUUCGAGCACUGAUAUGUCCGCCAAUUACGUAUAGGUAUAUCUACUAUACCUACUCGAUCUGGAAUUUCAGCAGCGGUAAAUGCUUUUAAUGCGAGAUAAGUAAAAAGGAAAAAAAACAUAAGAGUAAUUUUUUCAGAGACAAGUAAUUCGCAAAGGCCAAUUUACAAUAUGUCCGAGUGUUAAUAAGCCACCAAACGACAGCCUGUCUCGAUCAGUUCUGUAACGUGAAAAUUUGAUAUAAUUUAAGCCUUGCGCAAGUAACACAAUUCAUUAGCCACUUAUUGAAACUUCGGUAAAAAAAUCUUUAUGAAAUUAGCCUUUGCAAAAGGGUUUCAUAAGUGGUCGUCCUCGAAAUCUUUUUAUACAAAUCCUUGGACUGCCAGCGUGUUUCGAAGUAUUCAGAAUGCGAUUCUUAAGUACAUCCCAAAGGAAUUUGGCUUAAACGUGUCUUCUUAUUCCAUUCUCUGCAGGUAGUAUAAAAGAAAAGGAAAAUGAAGAGAAAAAGAUGGAAAGAGAGAUAGAAAGAGAUAGAGAGAAAAACGUGCGAUAUCGUUCAUCUCGUUGUUGAGAGAGAAAAAAAAAGUGGAAUAGGAGAAAAAGGAUAAAGAAAUGGAAGCCAACUGCAAGAGAAGAGAAAGCAUAGAGUAAGAGUAAGAGUAAGAGUAAAAGAGAGAGAGAAAGAAAGAGAGAGAGAGAGAGAGAGAGAGAGAGAGAGAAGGAGGCAGACGUAUUAAUUAAACGGCUCAUUUUCAUCGUAGGACAAAAACGCGAGUUUAACGCCCAUCGUCGACUAAAUGCGUUGCCCCACUCGUUGCAGCAUCCACGUAGCGGGCGAGAAAUCGAGGUAGCUUUAGUCCGAACAUUCAGGAACAGACCAAUCACGUUAUAGUAGGGAUACGCCUCAACAUCGGCCUCGGUACCACGUAGAAACGCCCAUUCGUGGUCGUUGCUCUCCCCCACUAAGUCUUGGAGUCAGGAACAAGUGAAAAAGUGGGGAUACGCGUUAACUUGCUUCUCGUUCCCCCACCACCGAGCGGGAGCGCCUCGUUUAGCCUGUAAUUUGCUCAAACACUAGCAAGCUCUCGUGCCAGAAGCAUCAUCCGUCAGAGAGCGCGUAGAGAAAGAAAGAGAGAAAGAGAGUAGUAACGACGGUUUACACGCGACUUUCAAACAAGUAAAAUGUUGACGUCCUCGUCGAGACCUACCAAGUGAUCGUUCUAUUAAUAAUAAAAAACGCUCGACGAGGACAACGAGUCGGCGCGCUCGUGCGCGCCCCAAUCGUGACAGUGUGUAGUGACAGACCUCGAUCGUUUAGUGUGUCGUGGCGUGGUUAAACGACAAAGGAAGAAAAAACGAGAGAAAAAAGGAAGGAGGACGCGACUUUAGUGUGAUUACGAUUUCAGUGUGCGACGCGCAGUGUUCGGACGAUGUGCUUCAGAGAUGAUUGGGAGAUUUUGAAGGUGAGCCGUUAGGCCUCGAGGCAAGAUUUGCCUAGGAUUUUACAAAAGAGAGGAUUCGCUCCGAGUUUCUUUUUCUUUCUCUUUCUCUCUCUCUCUCUCUCUCUCUCUCUCUCUCUCUCUACCUACCUCUUACCCUUCCUCCCCUUCUUUCCCUUUCUCUCUAUCUAUCUUUUUAUUUCUCAGUCUUUCUAUCUCUCAAUUUCCAUUUCGCGAGUGUUUACGAGUCUCGGACGAGGUUCGAUCACGCGCGUUUCGAGUCGAAGGGAUGCAGCGAACCUGAUUCCGACGAUCCACUUGGAGCGAGCAGGAGGUAGUUUUCGUUAGGUCGUUGCCAAAGUGGGGAAUCCUUCGGUGAGGCGUACGAUAAUCGUACGAUGAUGCCGCUCGCGCCGACGCCAAUCGUUCCGGUGCCCUCGAAGCCAAAGAUCGGCUUCAGCAUCGACUCGAUCGUCGGUGGCGGAGGUGGUGGAGGUGGCGGUGGUGCCGGUACUGGCGGCGGUGCUGGCGUACAGGCUGGCCGAGUCAUCGAGGAUCGGAUCACUGGGAAAGAUCGUUUGGAGCCUCGAGUCGAGAUCGAGCGAGAUGACGGUAGUCCGAUGGAGCUCGUCGAGGCUUCCUCAUCGCCAAAGUCACGUCGUAUCGCGACGAGAUCACCCGGUGCUCAUUCCGAAGGUUCCGAUCGACCUGUCUCUCGUAGUUCCUCCGUCGAGUCGUACACGAAUAAUCCGCGAAGGACACCGUCCCACGCGACCACCGGCAAUAAUAACAAUCAUCACCAUCAUCAUCACCACCACCAUCACGCGAAUCAUCACGGACAUCACCAUCAUCAUCAUCAUCAUCAUCUCGGUGGCAGCAAUCAGUUGGAUUUUGGUAAGAGUACCGUUCUCAGUCACAGCGGUGGCUCAACUCCGAACGACAGUCCGAGUCCACCUCAUAGGAUAGCCGGACACGGUGAUUCACCUGUAGGAUCUCAUCCUCAACCACCUCCCGGUGUCGUGAGGCCAAGUCCAAACUACCUGGCACCACCGCCCGGUGCCGUUACGGCUGCAGCAGCCGUCGCAGCCGAACAGUUAAAGUCUCUUUAUGGUAUACCACCUGGACACGGACCGACGGCACCUCAGACCGGCCAGAACGAAUAUCAUACGCAACAGCUCGCGCUAGCUGCUAACCUUGCUGCCGCCCAGCAUUUCCAAGCGGCAAAUCUCGCGGUUGCUCUUCAAGCGCAUCAUGGUGCCUCUCCACACGCACCACCUCAUGGACCUUACCCGCACGGUGCCGCACCAGCUGGACCACAUCCUCCGCCUCAUACUCAUCAACCAGCGAGAGACAGUUAUCCUCUUUAUCCGUGGCUACUCUCUAGGCAUGGCAGAAUCUUCCCUCACAGAUUUGCAGCUGGUCCCGACAUACCUGGCUUCCUUCUGCAACCCUUCAGGAAACCGAAAAGAAUAAGGACUGCGUUUAGUCCGAGUCAACUGUUAAAGCUGGAACACGCCUUCGAGAAAAAUCAUUAUGUUGUCGGGGCGGAAAGGAAGCAGCUAGCGCAGGCGCUAUCGUUAACUGAAACACAGGUGAAGGUAUGGUUCCAAAAUCGACGAACGAAACAUAAGAGAAUGCAGCAAGAGGAGGAAGCAAAGGCGCAACAGCAAUCGGGCGGUGGUGGGGGUGGAGGUGGUGGUGGUGGUGGUGGUGGUGGUGGUGGUGGUGGUGGUGGUGGUGGUAAUGCAAAUAGCAAUGGUAAUAAUAAAAACACCCAUCACGUGAGCAAAUGGCAACAAGAGACGGGUGAUUAUCAUCACGAAGAUGAAGAGGAAGAGGAACAGAUCGAUCCCGAGGCUGAGGAGUGUUCGAGCGAUUCUGAAGCGUAGCUAGACGUUCUCUGCCUGGACUAAGUUUCCAGGAGUACUAUGUUCUGCUAGAAAAUACGACGUAUUUGAACGUCCUUGAGGAAUUUCCUUGAGAACGAAUUCUUCAUGAAGAAGAAUAUGGCUGUUCGUUCGUCUUAUUAAAGAAUGAUAACGGGUCAAAGAUUAUCAUGAUAUCUUGACGAAUCGAUUAAUCGAAUUUGAGGAUCUUUGUUAAGAAGAAGAAGAAGAAGAAGAAGAAGAAGAAGAAGAAGAAGAAGAAGAAGAAGAAGAAGAAGAAGAAGAAGCAGUAAAAGAAGAUUGGAUGUUUAUGGUCGUACUAUGUAGAGGAUUAGAAAGACACGCGACUUCUCGCGAGAUGGAAGAAAACGAGAAACGCUAAAAGAGAAGAGGGUUGAAAUCGGGCCGGGUCGGAAGUCGACUAAUGGAGGUAUUGUUCGCGAUGGCCGCCGAGGUUAAAUGGAGAUACUUCCGUCGCCGGAAGAAACGGACUGGACGAACGCUCGAGGGAAUCACAAGAGAUCGAACAUCUUUUGUCCGUUGAGAAACCUCUCUAAGGGCUGCUGCGGAGUAAUCGUGAGGAUCGAGAUCGAUUUUCUCGUGAUCGUUCAUCCUAUUUUUCGAUUCAGUCGUACUCUUUUCUUUUUUUGUUUUCUUUCCUUGUUUCUUUUUUUUUUUUUGUCUCAAGAACAUUUUCUUUCAAACACGUUAGACUGAGGAUUCAGAAGUAGGAAAAAAAGAAAAUUUCCGUAAGUUAAAAAUUUUCUAAUAUACGGAUUAUAUUUUCAUAAUGAUCAUGUUAAUGUCAUGAUGAUUAAAUUUCUUCGAUCAUCAGCAGCCCACAGUCGUCUUGCCAUAAUUAAUGCGCCAUAAAGACGAGACGAGACGAGACGGGACGAGACAAGACGAGACGAGACGUCGCAAGUGUGUGUAAAUAGAAAGGUGUAAAAGACGAUUUUUCGAUAACGAUCGAUCUCGUCCGAUCGAUCGAAAUUACGUGUAUAUAGACGAAUACAAGAACGAUAAAGCUAGUGCCAAACGUCGUAAUACUUAAGAAGAGAGAAAGAGAAAGAGAGAGAGAGGGAGAGAGAGAGAGAGAGAGAGAGAGAGAGAGACACAGUGUAAACUAAAAAAAAAAACACACACACACAAGACGUAUUCAAAAAGUCGUAUCUUAGGUCGUUGUUCUACGAACGAGCAGUAUUCCUUUCGUCAAUCGAUGUAUCGAAAAUAUACCGGCGAUUUAAAUUAUUAUGGACGAUACUUAUAAAACUAUAUUUUGCAUCACGACUCUCGGCUAAAGUUUUUCGUUACGUUGGAUUGCUUUAGUUAAAAUUAAUGAAGAAUCUUGUAGCGCGAAGAUUAGCGAACUCGUGCCAGUUUUUUAUUUUAAAUAAUACAAAAAAAGAAAAAGAGAGAUAGAGAUAGAAUGAGAUAGAAAGAGAGAGAGAGAGAGAGAGAGAGAGAGAGAAAAAGAUUGGAAGUUCUGAUCUCAAUGACAAUUCGAAUGUAAAUAGUCGAAAUAUUCUUUUCAAACGCAGAUUCGUUCUUUUCGUCCUUUUGAUAAGACACAAAGAAAAAAGAAAUAAACAAAAGUAGAAAAAAGAGAGAUAUAAACGAAUCUUUUGCUUUUCGUCGAAAAAAAAAGGAAAAACAAAAAGUAAAGAAUAAUUCGCUUUUCGCCGAAGGUCGUGUAGUAAAAUAUGUCCCAUACUAAAUGUAAAUAAUCUUGUAAAUAAGAAAUUGUGAUUUUAUUUGUCGUACGAAGACAUAGAAUUGUACGAUCGUCCCGAAGAUUCAGUUCGUGCUUUAACGAUAUAGCGAAAUAAAUUAUAUCGACGCAAUCAACGAUAACGAUA